AUGGAUCAGCUUCCCUUAGAGAUCAAGCACAUGAUAUGUGCAUCAGCCAUGGAAACCAGCCGGGAGACUUUGGAAGAGUUAAGUCUUGCGAACCAUACCUGGUAUCAGGCUGCCGUGCCUUUUCUGUACGAAAGGCUGCAGCUAUGUCUCACUACGACAGUGCAACUACAAGCAGACGUUGAACAGCUGUUGGAACAUCCCCUACGCAAGCAAUACCUUCGAUACCUGCGUCGUCUGGACCUCGUCGGGCGAAGCGGGAAGCAAAGUCUCCAACUAGCUGCUUUGCAGGAAGAUGAAGAGGGACCUAUCAUGCUCGAUGAUUUCCUCGAUCGUGAGCUCUGGCAAAGGCACACUUUCCGGCUUUGUCGCAGGGAAACCACUACCCCCGACUAUGCCCCGCUCGCCAGGUUCAUCGCGGCCGUGUCGAGCCUGCGAGAGGUGAACUGGGUUCGUGCUCUGCGCUUCCCGCAAGAAGUCCUGGACGUUCUACACAAAUACCACCCUUCCUGCAAGCUGAACCUGCUUUAUUUCUACCUCCAAGCGUGGAAAUACCAAGGCCUUAGCGAUAGGGAUAUGCCCGUGGUCACCUCGCCGUGCCUCCACUCGAUCCGCUGCUAUUACUAUCGCAACGCCGGAAAUGACGAGGUAAUCGAGUCGGCCAUUCUGCGCUCGCUAUCUUUGGCUCCAAAUUUGAAAAAGGUCGAUCUCGUACUUGUGCCAGAGAUUGACUUUGUCGACCAGCGUCUCUACGCCUUCGAGCCCACUGAUGGAGCAUCCAAUACCGUUGCCCGUCUCGAAACUUUGUCGUUCUCCCUAAACACCACGAUGUCAGUCCAGCGCUUCAAUCAAUGGCGUCAGAAGACCGAUAUAGGACAUCUGCGUACAUUGAGCAUCGGCCGUAUUGAUGAACCGGCCCUCGCUCGAACGAUCUGCGCGGUUGCACCGUCCUUUCAGCGUCUCGAACGACUCUCACUCAACCUACGGGCGACCCCCAGGAGAAGCCUCGAGUGCUGGCGCUCGGUGGAAGAGAUGAUGAAGGCAUUGCCACCGCUCAAGGGUCUCUGGCUGGUCGGGAACCGCAACGCAUCCUUCAUCAGCAAGGUCUUGUCCAGACACGGUGCCACCCUAGAGAGCCUGGGACUAGACUCACGCAACAUUCACCACAACGUCCACACGCAGGGACAGACACGUCCAUACUACAACGCGCAGGAAAUUGCCCGUUUUGCGAACAAGUGCCCCGUCCUCCGAGAGCUGCACCUUACUGUCCAUCGCGUGCAGGGUCUAGCUCCCGAGGUACAGGUCUACAAAGCACUCGGUCGUUUUCCUUCUCUGGUGCACCUCUGCGUAAAGCUCGAUUGCUUCCCGAGUGCAGGUGACCCUCCUGACAAUGUAGAUCCUUCGUCUAUACCGGACCAUCUCGCCGUUUACGGCUCUGCUAAAGUCCGGGAAACCAGAGCAUCGUACAUCAACGCAGCCAUUGAUAAUCACUUGGCGCAGAGCAUCUUCAAUACCAUUCUCUCAUCCCAAUCCACCAGGCGCCUCGCCAGUCUCAGGCUUCUUCCAACCUGCGAACUGCGACCCGAGGCCCCUCCAUUAUGCGUACCAGACCCUUACCAUUAUUUCUUUUUGAACUGUUUCGCGGUGACCAGACCCCCCAAUACUGAACCUGGUGUGCUCGACAUCAAGCUGAUUAGCACACCGUCCCAUUGCCCCGCACGGAAUCCGAACCCCUUUUCGAUGCUCUACCAUAUUUUGAAAUGGAUUUGGCCCGAUGAUAUCACGAGCUUUCCGUUGCAGGAUGCAUGA